AUGAGACCAGAUUUUUGUUUAUUUUUAUCUUAUACCGUUAUUCUAUGUAAUCCACUGUUGCCUGAUAAGCCAGCGAUUUCAGUUUUCAAUAGUUCUGUGAAUAAAGCGGUUUUUUCUACCUUCACGUCUUUUCAUUAUAAAACUGCUAAUGUUACUGUUACACCACCACCAUACAGAAUUCUCGGCAGUGCUGUUAGCGCUCCGAAUGCUGUUCGUGAAAUUGAAAAGGAAGUUAUUUCUACAUUGGAUAAGGAUAUAAUAAAAUACAGUAGUGACAAUAAGCAUGAAAUGGACACGCAUUAUGUGCAUGAAGAGACGAAAGAACGAGCAUCUUUUAACCAUGAUAGAAGUAUUCGAAAUGGUCAAAUUACUAUCAAAGCAAGUGAUAUAAAUUUUAAGAUAUCUACAAAUAACAAUCAAACAAAUAAUAGCAUUUCAACUCCUAUAAAUUCGAGUGCUACACAGAGGUAUACUGAUGCUAAUGUAAUUUUCAAAAGUAUUAAUAAUUUACAUGGAAAAGAAGUUGACUUGGAUUUAGAAGUUACGGUUCUUGUAUUGGAAAUUUUCAAUGCUGUAGCGCCGUUUUUAUCACUACUAUCGAUUGAAGCAAAUAUAACAGAUUAUAAAACGCCAUCAAGUAAUUCUUCGAUUAUUGAAAGAAGUAACAAACAAUCACCUUAUGAAGAGAGUAAGCAUAAGGAAAAGAAUUGGAACUCAAAGAUGUUUCGAAGUAAUAGUGAACGAAUAGAAAUAAGUAGUGUGGAAGAAAAAAGUGGUAAUAAGAGGAAGCAUAAUGCUGGAAGUACUGAAGUUACUCAAGACUACAUAUUUAUAAAAGGUGAACAAAAUAUUGAAAGAUUUAAGAUUAAUUCAAAAUUCAGUCCUCAAGUAAUUUCUAGCUCAAAACUUGCUAAAAAUGAUUUGAAAGAGCAGCAAAUGGACAAUCAUUAUGAUUGUGACGUUAAUCAUUUGCGUACUUUAAAAGGGGAUUUUGAAAAGAAAAAAUUAUCUUGUGGAUUAAAUAAUCAAACAAAGAGUCUCAAGUUACCAAGUCCUGAAAUGCAUACAACAGAUGACGAUGAUGAGCAGCAUAAUAUAAGAAGAACAUCUCAGCCAGUAAUGCAUUUUGAGAGGACUCUGUGGGAAAAACUUAUUGCGGGUCUUAAAUGCUCUCAAAGGGAUUGUCGAGAUGCGCUAAGACCUACGGAAAACAUUCGCAAGUAUUUGAUCGAACCAUCGAUCAGUCGUGCUAGAAAACAUGGCUAUGGUAGACGUUCUCACUUACAAUCUUAA